AUGAGAAGAAUUUCAAUUGAACUCAUUCAAAAUAUAUUAUUUUAUUUGGAAAAUCUUGUACUUUCAGAUAGAUUACUCCAAAUCGUUGUGGUCGAAUCAAAAUUUUGUGUCACAAGUCAUGUGUCCGGAAGAUUUUGAGAAUAUAAAACAAUUGACAGGAAAGCAAUGUAGGGAGCUCCUUUAUAUGCGUACGAAAAGGCCCAAGAGAAUAGUUCCAGCAUUUACCUAUCAAACUUUACAAAGCAAUACUGAGGUGGAACCCCCCAAAAAGAUUGAUCUGUUUAAAAAACGUCCUGUUAAGGAGACCUUAUUCAAAAUAUAUCUUCGUCGAGGCGAUAUUCCCGUUGCCCACUCUGGCAAGAUAAUGCAAAAGAAAAAGGGUGCAGAGCCUCCGUUGAAGUGGUUUUGUAAACCUCAAGAACUGGAUUAUUGCUACUAUUUUCCCAUAUUUAUAGAUGGUUUAUCAGAUAGUGACUUAGAGAUACGCCGAUUGGCCCAAUAUGGAGCCAUGGAUAUGAUUUUAAAAGCCCCUCAUAAAAUUCUGCCGGUAUUGCCAAAAGUUAUUAUACCCUUUAAGAGAGCUUUUAAUACCCGAGACAAGAAAAUCAUCAUUGGAGCUUUGAAGGUUUUACAGUUAAUGGUGUUAAUGGGUCCCUGUGUUGGCGAAGCUCUUGUGCCAUACUAUCGACAACUGUUAGCCGUAUGCAACUUAUACAAGAAUUGUAAUGUCAAUUUGGGCAAUUUGGUUGAUCCAGAUCGUGAAAAACGCAUCGCUGACGUCAUAGAGGAUACGUUGAACGCACUAGAACAUUGUGGCGGCCCAAAUGCCUUUAUCAACAUUAAGUAUAUGAUACCGACCUAUGAGAGUUGUGUGCAUCCGCGCUGUGAGGCUUCAAUUGCGGAAAGGCCUCCUUCUGAGGGUUGGAAUUCCAGAAGGCCAUAAGAAAGAUUUGUGUUGCAGCUUUGAGUUUGAACUUUUUUUGAAUUUAUAUUGAAAACAGUUGUGUUUUAUGCAGUGUAACACCAUUGAAUUAAAAUUUUAUUUCACUUUUUGCAACUUUAGCAAACAAUUAUUGUUAUAUAA